UAGAUGUUUGAUUACCACUAUGGUUACAGUAUUUUCAACUUCUAAGAUACCUAUACAAAUUGUGUGGUUACCAAAUAGAUGUUUCAUCAACAUCACAUAACCUACAAUUUUUUUUACAAAGUUUAAGGAAACCAUUCUCUCGUGUCUAUUCCUUUUGUGUUUGUAAGGUGAGACUAUUCAAUCAUGUCUUCUAAAGUUUCAAAGGAAACUUUGUAUGAGUGUGUCAAUGAAGUCUUAAACCAUGCAAAAACUCAUAAACGUAAUUUCCUCCAAACUGUUGAACUACAAAUUGGUUUGAAAAACUAUGACCCACAGAAGGACAAGCGUUUUUCUGGUACAAUCAAGCUUAAACAUAUUCCUAGACCUAAGAUGAAGGUGUGUGUUCUGGGUGAUCAACAACAUUGUGACGAAGCUGAGGCCAAUAAAGUUCCAUUCAUGGAUGUUGAAGCUUUAAAAAAACUUAACAAGAAUAAGAAGUUGGUUAAAAAACUUGCUAAGCGUUACGAUGCGUUUUUAGCCAGUGAAGCUCUUAUAAAACAAAUUCCUCGUUUAUUAGGACCUGGGUUAAACAAAGCAGGUAAAUUUCCUGGUCUGUUGUCUCAUCAAGAAUCCAUGAAUAUGAAAAUUGAUGAAGUUAAAGCUACAAUCAAAUUUCAAAUGAAAAAGGUGUUAUGUUUAUGUGUUGCUGUUGGUCAUGUUGAUAUGAAAUCAGAAGAGUUAGCUCAGAAUGUCCAUCUUUCAAUAAACUUUUUAGUUUCAUUGUUGAAGAAGCAUUGGCAAAAUGUUAGAUCAUUGCAUAUUAAGUCAACCAUGGGUCCUCCUCAACGUUUGUACUAAUGUGUAUUACAAUUUUUAAUAUUUUAAAUAAAGACCACAUUAUUAUUAAUGUAAAA